UAUCUUGCGCAAACAUAUCGAUUUGUGUGUAUUUUUUUUACAAAAUAUUUAUGUAAAUUAACAAAAGUACAAAAAAACUCAUCGGUGAUUUUUGGAGGAUCCGUAGGCUCAUAAAUAAAUAAGUGAAUAAAUAAAUACUCUCGAUGAAUUAUCGAUGUGAUAAUAAGCUAUCUUUCAUUAUAAUUUUUUUAAAUUCACGUACCUACUUCAUUCUGUAAAAAUUCAGGAACAUAGAACGGGUUUUGUCGGCAACACAUAACGGUAGCAGUAGAAAUGUGAGAUGCUCAUUACUCGUUUAACACAAGGACAUUCGCAGUUGUCUGCAUUGUUGUAUUCCACAGAUUAACCGGGGAAUGUUCGCAUGUAUCAUUCCUGUAAUGUUCAUUGUGGCUUGGCGAAGAGGGCGUAACUGAUAGCGUUUGAUGUUCGACAAGUCGGUUCCGAUGUAUUGUUUAUAUUUCGGUCACGUGUUUCAGUUCACGUGAUUGUGUUGUGGUGUUUCGGCAGUAGACACGAGUUUUAUACAGUGAACAUAUUAAAUCAAACCUGACGAAGGCGCCGGUACACUCAGAGAAAUGUUAGAAUACAUUUUCGAAAGAAAUUUGAUAAUUUUCCUUUCCGUGAUAUACCAUUUGCGGAAAUGUGCAACGGAAGCAUGUUUAGUUAGUUUUAUUUUAGUGCACUGCCAUUUUGGAAGAAGAAAAAAUGUUUCUCCGCACAUUUUCCACAACUGUCCUGCUUAUUAUUGCUUGCAGCAGGGCCAACGGAUCUCUGAAGUUUACCCAGCAGGACAUCACUGUCGUGGUGCAUGAAUCUACCAAAGUAAAUCUCACCUUUUCGGACCCGCCGGCGGUGAACUUGACGGUGGUCCUGGGAGUGAACCACAAGGACCUGCUGUGCAUCAACCCGUCGGAGCUGUCUGUCGCCGCGGGCGACGGGCCGGGGCAGUGGGAGAUCACGGUCUACGGCCAGGGCGCGGGCCACGCCGUCAUAACCACCAACACCUCGCUCGCUGGCGGGAACGACUCUGGCUCGGUGCCAAGCGAGUUCGACACGUUCGUGCGCGUGACCGGGCUCUACAGCCAGCCGAUCGCGCUGGUCAGCACCAUCGUGGGCUGGUUGUACUUCGUGGCCUGGUCCGUGUCCUUCUACCCGCAGAUAUACGAGAACUGGCGCAGGAAGAGUGUGGUAGGCCUCAAUUUUGACUUCCUUGCUUUGAAUCUGCUGGGCUUCGUGCUGUAUUCGCUCUUCAACUGUGGUUUAUACUGGAUCAAAGUGGUUGAGGAUGAAUAUUUUAGGCGCUACCCUCGUGGUCUAAAUCCGGUUCAAGUGAAUGACAUUUUCUUCUCGGUCCAUGCUGCAUUUGCCACUUUGAUUACCAUCAUCCAGUGUUUCAUAUUUGAGAGAGCUGUGCAGACAGUGUCCAAAACUGCCAGGACGAUUCUUGCCGUCUUUGCCGUCUUCCUCAUCAUCAGUCUGUCUGUUGCUGCUGCGAGUCUGAUAACAUGGCUGGACUUCCUCUACUACUGCUCAUACGUGAAACUGGCAAUCACACUAAUCAAAUAUGUUCCACAGGCCUGGAUGAACUUCCGAAGAAAGAGCACUGUAGGCUGGAGCAUUGGCAACAUAUUCCUAGACUUCACGGGAGGCAUGCUGAGCAUGUUGCAGAUGAUUCUGAAUGCAUACAACUACAAUGAUUGGGAUUCUAUAUUUGGUGACCCCACCAAGUUUGGACUCGGCUUAUUCUCUGUGAUGUUCGACAUCUUUUUUAUGGUACAACACUACAUUUUGUAUAGAUAUAAAUUUGAGAACAUCGGUGUGGGUAAAAUGGCAGCAGACGAGAAGAUGUAUUCGAUGAUAGGCACGCCAACAAAGAAAUCGAUCUCACCGUCAAAGUUUAAUUUACAUGCUAGUCAUAAUUAUGUGCAGUGUGAUGGUACGAAUGAGUGUUCUUUUGUAGUGUAAUUUGUUUUUAAAAUUUGUAAUGAAAGGUUUAUAAUAACUUUUACAUUUCCUUAAGAAUAGCUCGGUUAUUUUGUACUUGCUCAUUGAAAAACUCUGGUGCAUUUAGGCUUGAAGGAUCAAUUCAAAAUUUUUUUAUUAUGAUUCAGCGUAGUGCUACGUGAAGUAUCUAGGAGCAGUGAUACGUAACAACAAGGUUGAAUACUUGUUGGGAUCAUCUACUCAAACUCAAAUUGCAUUUGAAUGCUUGUUUAAUGUUUUCAUACCUUUCGAAUGAGUUUCGGAGCCAAGUUAUUUGUAGGCAGUUGAUAUGUGUAAUGGUUUGAUAUUUUGAAAAAGAGAAAGUAUUUGCAGUGUUGUGAGAACUUGCCACCUCCGUUUCCAGUGUCUUGUACGCCACAGGAAUUCUGAAUCCGGGAGACAUUAAAGGAAACAAUUGCCAUAGGGGAUUACUCAGAACUUCUAUUGGUUCUUAAUAGGGACAUUUAUUGUGUUCCAUUUGUAGCUAAUCAAAUGCAGCCAUUGUUGUCUUCAUCUUGCAAGUUGAACAAGGUAUUUUAACAUGUCCACUGUUACAUUCUUUUUAAUUUUAAUUUUUUAUUUUAAUCAACUUCCCUAAAUGGCUGUUAUUGUAAAAUUAUUAGUUAAAAAGUAUUCAGCUAGACAGUAUUUCCUAUUACAAAUUGUAGUUAGUAAGCAUUUCAUUUUCUCAAAAUUGUUUUAUUUAUAAAGUAGCAGUAGACACAAUCUCAUGAAUGUUUCUCAGUAGUUGUGGUAGACUGUGCAACAGUCAUGCAGUAGAAGGCUGUGAAUUUUCAAGUUGAUCCACUACAUUAGUGGUAUGGCUGCAUGUAUGUAUCAAGUUUUAGUGUUUGUCUGGUUGGACAAACUGAAAUAUCCUUUUUUGAACUUUUGACAGUAUGUAUGUAUUUAUGUAGCAUGUUAUAAACAUCUGAGAAUGCAAAUGACACUCCAGAUUAUCAAUAGUAAUUUUCUCUGUUGUAUGUGCUAGUUUUACAAGUAUUUGUCAUCACUAUUAGCAUUUUUUUGUGGUUGUGUAGUGUCAACAUUUUUAGUAUUUUAUUGACACUUAAAAUCAGGAAUUCACACUGCUUGCAUUUUAAUGGAUUAAAAAAAAAUCUGAAUGUGUAUUUCUAAUAUGAUUUCAAAAUAGUGUUCUUUCUUUUUCUCAGUAUUAUGCAAUACUUUUAUAUAUUGCUACUGUUUAAUCACUUGUUAUAAUAUAUGUGUUUAUAAUUUUGUAAAUUUUAAAUAAAUAAGUUUUUUUUAGUUUCCAAAGACAGUUAUACUAUUUUUUUCUUCUGAUUUUUAUAAAAAUAUAUUUUUGUUGUAUUUAAAAGUAUGUUAUAUGUUUUACUUCUUAGAAGUAUAUAAUUGUGUACAUUUUUAUAUGUUGUAUGAUCUACUUUCUUGUUAGUGAGUGACUUGGAAUACAGAAUGUGUGACUUUUUAUACAACAAUUUUUUGUUUUUAUUUAAUCUAGUUCUGGAAAAGGAUAUAUUUGUCUUUUACUCUGAAGUAUUUCAUAAGGUAUGAUAAUAGAUAGUAUGUAGUAGCCUGUGUUUGUAUCUGGUAUCAUAGCAAGAUUUUUUUUAAAAAAUACCUAGGAUGUUUAUGCAAAGAAGUUAGUUGUGUGGUUCCCUUGUAGAGAUCUGUUGCAAUAUUAUUGUUUUUCUGUUUUGUUAAUAUGUUUUAAAAUAAAUAUACAGUAUAAA